AUGGGUAUGGAACAUGCAGGCAAAAGCAUUGUGCGAGCUCUUGGACAACAGUGUCGUGACAGUGUUCUGGCAGGUUUAUAUCUAGCCAGGUCAGAUGUUGCUUUGAUUGUUCGUCAAGCAGCUGGCCACGUUUGGAAGAUUGUGGUGGCAAACACUCCACGUACUCUGAAGGAAAUUAUGAAAGUUCUUUUCGAAAUGGUUGUUGACUCAUUGGCUUCUACGUGUGAAGAGCGCCAACAGAUGGGUGCAAGAUGUCUAGGAGAGUUAGUACGUAAAAUGGGUGAAAAGAUCAUCAACGAGAUCCUCCCUAUAUUGGAACAAAACCAGAAGUCUGACGAUCUUGAGAAACGAGUGGGAGUAGCGAUAGCCUUACACGAAAUAAUGGACAACAUCACAAAGGAUGUUCUCAGUCAUUACCUGGAGAAUUUGGUGACUCCUGUUCGAAACGGCAUUUGUGACUCUUCACCUGUCGUCAGAUCAGCAGCUGCUGACACUUUCUCGGUUCUUUACCAGGUUCGUGAGUGA